AUGUGCCUCAAGCUGUACUGCCAGUGCUUCGCGGGCCAGCUGGUCUGCUCCGACGCGUGCAGGUGCGAGAACUGCUACAACUCCGCGGAGCACGGCGUGGAGCGGCGAGCCGCCGUUAGGGAGCUUCUCUGCCGCAGCCCUCACGCCUUCGACGCCAAGUUUAAGACGGAGCCGCACCCACUCUCGUCGAGCGUGCGAGCCCGAGCGCAAGCACAACAAAACGCACGCGCGCUCUAGGAAGGGUAUCUCCAGGUGAACGCCCGAUGGCACAUGACGCACCCAACACACAAAAUGUACAUGUUUCCCUCCCGGUCCCUAGCCCCCAGUCCAACCUCCCUCCCAUCCAACAAACAAUCCGUCCCCACAAUAAUGGGAGCGCUAUACUAGGGUUAGAUUACACAGCUUACUAGGUUUCGUGACUUGGUCAAGAAGGCAUGUUCGUCGAAGUCGGGGAGGUGCGGGGGGGAGCUAUUAUUACCACCUUCAAGGUAUAGAACAAUCAACAGUGCGGCGACCAAGUAGGCUGUCCGGAGUAGGCACUAGCGACAACUUUUACUACACACCCUUUAGCCAUCUCGGCCUUGUUUGUUCCUCCCCCUCUCUCUCUCAAACACACCACAUAGAAAUACAUCGACCUCUCCCUCGCCCGACACACCACCCCUCAGGCCUGGAACAGCCACAACCCUUGCUGCUGCUGCUGCUGCCGCCAAGACUCUACACCUGCUGCAUCUCCAAUAGUAACUGUCCAGCCAAAGAGCCGUUCCAUCCAAGGCAGCACCUUGCCAUCAUUGUCAACUUGGGAGGAUUCGGUCGCCACCCACAUGUCGCUUUUCUCUUCCUUUCUCUCCAAAUGUACCUGGCGGUUCACUGCUGCCCCUUGCUUGCUAGUGCAAUGGCCUAUCUCCGCCCCAUCUUCCAGAAAAAAAAAGCAUCAAGAUAACUUUUGGACUUCUAGAUUACACCAUCCACAGCGGUUGGGCGUUCAAACAAACGAGCGUUUAAACCUACACACCAUUUCCGUUCUCUCGCAAAAACACAGAAAUAACUAAAUAAAUCGUAAGCAGCUGUCAUGUGUGUCCAUUUUUUGUAUUUUCUACU